AUUUUGCACGGAACCAUAGAGUUAAAUACGUACCGCACACUACCUGUUACGUUUGAUUGAACUAUUUGAAGGAUUUCGAAUGACGUAGAGGUAAAAUGAUGGUUUAACUGCAGAGGGAUUAAUGGUUUAGAAUAACUUAAAGUUGAUAUCCACACCAUUCUUCUGGUUGAAGUAGUAGACUGGAAGAACGGCACCAAGAUAUUCUUUUGGUGAAGUCCCUGGAUUCAAGAAAGGAACGUUGAGCUUUGUCAAAGCUUGUGCCACUUGAAAAGUGGGUAAAGGAAGUGAUUGUUGUUUGUCCACAUAGCCUGGUGCCACACUAAACCAUCACCAUUGCGACUGCAAACGGGUCAGCCCGGUCAACAAACAGAAUGACCAUGGAAGAUGAACAUGAUACAUCCACUGUUGAAUCUUUCCCUCUUCAUAUCCUCCUAUAUCCCAUCCUUGAUGAGAUGCAGCAGACGGAUGUGGCAGCUUCACAGACCUUGAGGGCAGCAUUUAACAAGAUGGAGAAGAAGAAACCAGGUUUCACAAAGCAACUCAUCCACGGUAUCUUAGAAGCCAAGUCCAAGAAUGUGAACCUGACAGAAAGUCUUCUCAAGUUAGCAGCAUUAGACAGUGAAGAAUACACAUUAACAAGAAGAGAAGAUAAAUUCAUAAGGAUGAACCAGCAAGCUAGGUCAUUGAAGGCUAUCCUUGCGAGGUUACCAGAUCAGUACGCCAACAGACCUGUCUUUCUACAAACAAUUAAGGAUAUAGCAUGCGGUAUCAAGGAUCUAUUAGGAGCACUCAACACAAUCUUCAAAGAUGAAUCAUUGUUUAGAGAUCAUGAGCAAAGAAAGACGAUCGAGACGUACCGAAAGGAAUUCAUCCAUUCUUCCAAAGACUUCAGUUUGAACCUCAAGAACUACUUCAGGGUCGGUAAUAUUACCGAGGUCUACGAGAGCGCCACGCACCUGAUCCACCACAUCAACCUCAUCCUUAAACUCCUCAAGACCAUAUGAAUGCUAUCAUCCCCUUUCACAUCUCUAUACUUCCUUUUAAUAGGCCCUUUCACAUAUGGAGUACAAGAGCAGCGUGAAGACGGUGGAUGGAUUUGGGAAUUCAAAGGUUGGGACACUCUACUAGGGCGUUUGCAAAAAAAAUUGAUUGCAAAUCUAUUUGCGGUCCCCAAAUUAAUCAUAUGUGUUGUAAUUAAUUGUAAAUUUACAAUUGAUUGUGAAUCUGCUUCUUGCAACAAGGGCCCGUAUUCUGAAGUCAGGUUUAACGUAGAC